UCUCUACAAUAUCACAGGUUGAACAAUCCACACCCAACAUUCUCACAAGUCACAGCCAAACACCAUUUCAUUAAUUCUUGCAGAAUAUUGCUUAGUUUUGUUUUAUCUGAAUUUGGAAACAGCUUUUGAAUGGCUUUUUCAAGAGUUGCACUGCUAAUAUGCACGGUCGGGUAUUUUGUGAUUGCCUCUGCCGGCAAUUUCCACCAAGAUUUUGAUAUCACAUGGGGAGAUGGUCGGGCUAAGAUACUCAACAAUGGAGAGCUUCUCACUCUGUCACUUGACAAAGCCUCUGGCUCGGGUUUCCAAUCCAAGAACGAAUACCUUUUUGGCAAAAUUGACAUGCAACUCAAACUAGUCCCUGGCAACUCUGCUGGCACCGUCACUGCCUACUAUUUGUCUUCAAAAGGAGCGACAUGGGAUGAGAUUGACUUUGAAUUCUUGGGCAAUUUGAGCGGCGACCCAUACAUCCUUCACACCAACGUGUUUAGCCAAGGCAAGGGAAAUAGGGAGCAACAAUUCUACCUCUGGUUUGACCCAACUGCAGAUUUUCACACCUAUUCCAUCCUAUGGAACCCUCAACGUAUUGUCUUCUCAGUGGAUGGAAGUCCAAUUAGGGAGUUCAAGAACAUGGAGUCAAAGGGUGUUCCAUUCCCCAAGAACCAGGCAAUGAGGAUAUACUCAAGCCUGUGGAAUGCAGAUGAUUGGGCCACAAGGGGAGGUCUUGUUAAGACAGAUUGGACACAGGCUCCUUUCACAGCUUCUUACAGAAACUUCAAUGCCAAUGCCUGCACUAUGUCCUCCGGAACUUCAUCUUGCGGUUCAAACAACCCUUCCUCUUCUAACAAUAAUGUUUGGCUCUCAGAAGAGUUGGAUUCAACUGAUCAGGAGAGGCUCAAGUGGGUGCAGAAGAAUUACAUGAUCUACAAUUACUGCUCUGACACUCAAAGAUUUCCACAGGGCCUUCCUUCAGAGUGCAACACAGCCUAAAGAUAUUUAGUUUCCCUGUGGAUUGAUCCAGACUCCAAUUUUCGGCUCUCUUUGGAGUUUCCUUUUUUUCUUUUCUUUUGUAAUUUUCAUAAUGAUAAAUUCUUUGAUUCUUUCUUGAAAUUCUUGUUAUAUAGUGUUCAAUUCAAGUGGUUCAUAUUCAGCAAAAACAUUCAAAUGUUUUACUCUUUCUUUUUGAAUUUUCCUUGAAGACGUGCGUUAGAUACAAGAGUUGUGCUUUGCGAA